CCACAGCAAUAAAACCUGCCGCAGUGAGAAGCACCAUGUCUGCAGUGUGAAGGGCGGCAGCUUCGGCUGCCUAGUCUCCUCUACGUCAACGCCCAUGUUGGCUCAUUUCGACCACUUACGACACAGCCAAAAAUGGCCCCGCCAAAAACACCGCGAAGCAAAUCCCAAACAGAUGUAUCCACGUCGUAUAGCAUGGCUCCCGCCCCGGGUCGCCCUGCAGACUACUUCCAAGCCGCGCAGCCCUCAGAGGCCCUUGCGCAGGCGCAGGAAGAUGAACGCGAAGUCCUGAAGGCUAUCUUCAUGGACGACUACCAGGAAGUCGAGGCCAAAGGCUCGUGGGGUAAAACCACCGACAGAGUACUCCGAUUGAAGCUCAGAGCUUUUUCUAACGAUGACAUUUCAUGUACUCUAUGUGCAAAGAUCACGGCUACCUAUCCCAAAUCUUUGCCGAUCCUGAAUUUAGAAGACACGAACAAUUUGCGCCUCAAGACUCUCCAAACACUGCAGGCUAUGCUGAGAAAACGACCAAAAGAGCUGGUUGGCGAAGUCAUGCUUCACGAAAUUGCCACUUCAAUCCAAGAUAUCCUGGAAGAUGAGAUCGCAGUUCGAGAAAAUGACGGCACCUUCGAAAACCUAGAAGCCGAGCGAGCUGAGCAAGAAGCGGCUGCAGCUGAGCUCGCAAAACAGCAAGAGGAGAAACUUCAGAAGAAGCGCAACGAAGAGAAGGCGGAAGAAGACCGUGCCCUCCAACAAAUGGUUAACGAUGAAGUAAGACGAAAAGAGCUUAUGGCGAAGCGUCGAAGCCGCAUAUCGACCAUAACACCCACUUCGUCUUAUCAGAAUGGCCACACUGGAAGCCACGUAUCUUUCGACAGGAUGAUCGAGCUGCAGUACGACGGGCGAACCACCGAGUGCAGUGCUGUGGAAGGUCUGUUGCCGUUUCGACAAGGGCCUGUCACCGAGGAACUGCUCGUAAAACCCGUCGGAAGUGGCGAAGCUGUCACCCUGGUUAUGAAGCGGACUCGAGUCGGUGCAGAGAAGCUGUCAGAUGCUGCGCAGCUGAAACGAGCCAUUACGGAUUUCGAAGAAGAAAUGGAAGAGAUCAAGAAGCUCCGCCAGUCGACGAUCUUAAAUGUCUUCGACUUCAAAAUCGAGCAACUGCCUGAGGCUAUAUGGGAGAUCAACGUGCUGGUCGAGUUCGGUGACAAAGGCUCGCUUGGCGAGAAGCUGGAUGACGACGGGCAACUCGCAGUCGCCCGAGUGAGGUCAUGGACUGUGGACCUAUUGGAGGCUCUCGAUUACUACCAUCGGAACGGCAUCAUACACAAAAGGAUCCAUCCGCACAAUAUCCUACUACACAAGUCAUCGACCGGCGGGAUAGCUGUGAAACUAGCAGAUGCAGGCUUUCAAGAGACACUGCACAGCCUAAAGAAUUUCGGUCGCACAGGUCAGCCUUUCGCCGCCUCUCGAUCGGCAUUCUGGAUUCCCCCGGAACUCGCCCAGGAAGCACGGCGGACACGCAAGACGGAUGUUUGGGAUCUCGGAGUUGUGUUCCUCCAGAUGCUGUUCGGAUUGGACGUACCCCAAAAGUACAACUCUCCCAAGGAAUUGUCCGAUGCACGCGGUUGCUCUGAGCCUGUACAAGAAAUACUUAGGAAGUUUUUCAAGCCGGAUCCGAAGAAGCGACCGUCUGCAUUCGACUUGAUUCCGUGCGAGUUCCUGCGAGACGAUGUGCCUGUGUAUGAGCAGCCACCCACACCCAUGCGAUCUCGGCAUUCAUCGACUUCUUUGGCGCAUUAUCGCUUGCGUCGCGAGUCUUCCGCUGGAGUCGGUGGCAUGACAUAUUCUCGCUAUACAAGCGACUGGGUCGAACAAGAUCGCCUAGGAAAAGGAGGAUACGGCGAAGUGGUGAAAGCCCGUAAUAAAGUUGAUAACCGCAUUUAUGCUAUCAAGAAGAUUCGACAGAAGACGGCCGCAGCACUCACUGAGACUUUAUCUGAGGUCAUGUUGCUGUCCCGCCUCAAUCACCCUUGUGUCGUUCGCUACUACACAGCUUGGCCUGAGGAGGAGACAACAAUGAUGUCCGAUUCGGACGAUGAGGAUGAUUCCACAACGUUUGACGCCGACGAUUCCGAGUCAGGCUCCGAUAUCUCACCUGGCAAUACUGGUGCUAGUGGGUACGGGGUGGCAAGUACUGGAGGCUUAGAUUUCAUCAGCUUUAGUGGCGAUCCAAAAGUCGAGUUCGGUUCCGACGAUGAAGAUGCGAAUGACGAUGACGGUGCUAUCGUUUUUGGAUCCGAUACAGAGGACGACGCUAGCUUAGCUGACCUCAACUCGCCAAUCGCAAAGAAACGGACUUCUUCCAAUUCGAUGGCUCGGCCUGCGAGGACCAUUUUGUAUAUUCAAAUGGAACUCUGCGAGAAGCAGACUCUACGAGAUCUGAUUCGCAGAGGUCUGUGCGAUGACCCAGAUGAGGUUUGGCGACUUUUUCGUCAAAUGCUGGAAGGCCUUGCCCAUAUUCACAGCCAUGGGAUCAUACAUCGUGACUUGAAGCCCGACAAUAUUUUCAUUGACAUGGCAAAAGUUCCAAAGAUAGGCGACUUUGGUCUUGCAACAAGCGGGCAGUACCAGAGAUUGGAUCGUAAAGCAUCAGCCGGCAUACUACCGGAUAGCGACAUGACCCGCAGUAUUGGAACAGCGCUCUACGUUGCCCCUGAACUGAGAUCAACUGUAGCCGGCAACUACGACACCAAGGUUGACAUGUAUUCGAUGGGAAUCAUCUUCUUCGAGAUGUGCUACCCUCUGAACACUGGAAUGGAGCGAGAUCAAGUUCUGCGCCAGUUGCGCGAACGAAAGCAUACCCUUCCGGCAGAGUUCGAGACCCAGGAGAAGUCUUUACAAGGCAAUAUAAUCACUUCGCUCAUCAGCCAUCGUCCCAGCGAACGACCAAGCUGUGCUGAACUCCUACGGAGUGGCAAGGUGCCGCUACAGAUUGAAGACGAAGCUGUCAAAGAAGCACUCAAAGCUCUAUCAGAUCGCGACUCUCCUCAUUACACGAAAAUGAUGGCCGCUUUGUUCUCCCAAAAGCCUGAUACUCAAGCUAAAGACUACGCUUGGGAUAUGGGCAACGGAUCUGGAGCUCAAAAUAUCCAGGCGAACGAUAUUCUCCUUCAAAACCUCGUCAAGAGCCGGCUGGGCCUGGUCUUCCGUGGCCACGGUGCGGUAGAGGUGCAACGCCAAUUGCUUCUUCCUUGGUCCGACCACUACGCAAACAAGAACGUUGUCAAGCUCUUCGAUCCGUCUGGCACGCUGGUGCAGUUGCCAUAUGACUUGACGCUGCCGUAUGCACGUAGCAUAGGUCGCGGUGCCCCGUUCUUGGAGAAGACAUUCACGAUCGGCUCCGUAUAUCGUGACAACUAUGGAGGGGCACCCCGCAGCAGUGGUGAAGCCGACUUUGACAUCCUCUCCUACGACACCUUAGAUCUGGCUUUGAAAGAGUCUGAGGUUUUGAAAGUUGUCGAUGAAAUUAUUGAGGAGUUCCCCUCUCUAGCUUCUGCGCAAAUGUGUUUUCACCUCAAUCAUGCUGAUCUGCUGGACAUCAUCAUGGAUUUCUGCAGGAUCAACGUUUCCCGACGUAGGGCGGUUAAGGAAGUGCUCAGUAAACUAAACAUCGCCGAGUUCAACUGGCAGAAGAUCAAGAACGAACUGCGUGCUCCGGAGAUUGGCGUUUCUUCGACAUCCCUCGACGACCUUGCCCGUUUCGAUUGGCGCGACACACCUGACAAGGCAUUUUCUAGAUUGCGUAGGAUAUUCGAAGGGACCAAGUAUCUGGAUCGAACACACGCGAUCUUUGCUCAUUUGUCCUCCGUGGUCAGCUAUGUGAAGCACUGGAACGUCAAACGGAAGGUCUACAUCAACGCGCUCAGUAGCUUCAACGAGAAAUUUUAUACUGGUGGUGUCCUCUUCCAGUGCUUGUACGAUGGCAGGAAGCGCGAAGUUCUUGCUGCCGGAGGCCGGUAUGACAAACUCAUCCAAGAAUAUCGCUCCAAGGGCCCGGGACACGCUCAUCCUGCCUCGUCGUACCAUGCUGUUGGUGUCAACAUCGGGUGGGAUCGUCUUGUCAACUCCAUGAUGCGAUAUUUGAAGAAGCCAGAACGAUCAACUUUUCUCCGCAAGCAAGCUGAGGAGGACACACCAGCAGUGUCGUGGAUGCCGCGACGGUGCGACUGUCUUGUUGCCAGCUUCGACACCGCAGUGCACCGCUCCACAGGCGUAAGGAUGGUGGCGGACCUUAUUUCGAAUGGCUAUACGGCGGAGCUAGCCAUAGAUGCGCACUCGGUGGAAGAUCUGCUCCGUCACUAUAGAGACGACCGGCAUAGCUGGCUCAUCGUCAUCAAGCACGGUAUUGCGCCAGACAAGCCUGACAUCAAAGUAAAGAGCAUAGCGAAGAAGGAAGACAUGGAUAUCCGGAGUGCAGACCUACUCAACUAUCUUCGCAACGAGUACCGAGACAGGGAAGCACGCGAGGGAACCGCAGCCCAACGCCUCACCAAAGCACUACCGGCAGCAACUUCCUCUUCUACAUCCACCGCCAAAGCUAACGUGGAUGUUCUCAUGUCACACCACCGCUCGAAGAAGAGCAACAAGUGGAGCAUCGUCGAGGCCGCACAGGCCCGCUCCGCCGAACUCCUAGCUUCAUUCCAGGGCGCGCCCAUCGCGGCUAUCGAGACAAAAGACGAAGUGAUGAUCUCGAUCCACGAGACGCGGCUCAGCGAUCCAGAUAGCUGGCGCAGGGUCAUUCAGAACCUGCCGCUCGCUGAGCGAAAGUAUCUCCAGGAGUUGCACGACUUAUUGCUAAAGUAUGCGGCGAGAUGGAAGGAGAUCGUAAAUGAGGGGUCUGCGAGGAGUGGCGAGGGCGGAAAGGCUUUCGUGUAUAAUUUCCGGACCGGAGGGUGCUUGCUGUAUGAUUUGGAGAGCUAGGCUAGUAGGGUGAGAGUGUGGAGACAUGCGAUUUAGGAUGGGGUUUUACCAUGAAUACAACGAACUGUGGCGUGGAAUAUGCGUUCUCCACCUCAGAGAGGCAGAGAGGCAAUCGUAGCAUAGCAAUGGAGAGCAGACUGCGUGAUAGAUAGCUGCAAAGCGGGUAUCGGUAAACGACACAAACCC